AUGGCCUUCUACGCCGAGUCGUGGCUCACCGAGCUGUUGGUAGGCGUGUCGCUGGUGGUGGUGGCAGUGUAUGUGUGGUUCUCCCACUCGUACAAGUACUGGAAGAAGAAGGGCGCACCUUACCAGGAACCGCAGUUCCCUUUUGGCACUGCCAAAGAUAUUAUUUUGGGCAAGCUGUCGUUCGCAAUGGGCUCGUCUGACAUAUACCGGCAAUUCAAAGGCAAUCGUUUCGUCGGAACGUACUUCUUCCACCGACCAGGCCUGGUGGUAAUGGACCCAGAUUUGAUCCGCAGCAUCCUCGUCAAAGAUUUCUGGACCUUCCAAGACAGAGCAGUGCCAAUAAAUGAAAAUGAGCCCCUGAACCACCAUCUUUUCGUGUUACGAGGGGACAGAUGGCGGAGGCUACGAGUGAAGCUGACGCCCACAUUUACAUCUGGGAAAAUGAAGAUGAUGUUCCAGACGAUGGCGGACUGCGGCCGCGAGAUGGCGGAGGUGCUGGAGGGUGCGGCGACGCGCGGGGAGGCGCUGGAGAUGCGGGAGCUGAGCGCCCGCUACACCACCGACGUCAUCGCCUCCGUCGCCUUCGGCGUACAAGUCAACUGCCAGCGGGACCCGGAGAACGAGUUCCGCCAGUGGGGGCGGCGCAUCUUCUCGCAGGGUGUGCUGGACAUCCUCACCAUAAUCAUCUCCUCCAUACAUCCUAAACUGCCGACUUUACUAAGGAUGAAAAGUAGUUCUUCACUCGUCUCGGAGUACUUCCGCAGCAUGGUGAGAGAGACAGUGAAGUACAGGGAGGAGAACAACAUAACGAGGAACGACUUCAUGCAACUGAUGAUCCAACUGAAGAACAAGGGAAGCGUCGACGGCAGCAAGGGUGGAGAGCUGAAGGAUGCGGAAGCAGAUGGGGACAAACGUAAAACUUGCCAUUCUCUUUCAGAGUUAUCGAUCGACGACGUCGCAGCCCAGGCGUUCGUGUUCUUCAUCGCGGGUUUCGAGACCUCGUCAACCACCAUGAGCUUCGCCCUUCACGAGCUGGCUCACCACCCAGACAUCCAAGCGCGCCUGCAGGACGAGAUUGACUCAGUCCUUAAGCAGCACGAUGGCCAAGUCACCUACGAAGCAAUCAACAGUAUGUCCUACCUCGACAAAGUAGUCGCAGAGACCCUGAGAUUAUAUCCGCCAAUUGGAGGGCUGACCAGGGAAUGUAAUGCUGAGUACAAGAUCCCUGACAGCGAGGUAGUCCUGGACAAAGGAAUCUCUGUCACGAUACCUGUGUACGACCUGCACCACGACCCCGAGUUUUACCCGGACCCUGAGCGCUUCGACCCCGAGAGGUUCUCUGAGGAGCAGAAGGCCCAGAGGCACUCCUACGUCUACCUGCCGUUCGGAGAGGGCCCACGCAACUGCAUAGGUAUGCGAUUUGGAUUGUUACAAACGAAGGUCGGCCUUACGAACAUACUCUCAAACUAUAAGGCAGAACCAUGUGAGAAGACCGUUCGCCAUUUGUCCUUUGAACCCAGAUCUAUCAUCCUCACACCGGAAAGUGGUAUACAGCUGAGACUGAGCAAGAGAAACAAAGUAUAG